GACUCGCCACUUCCUCCUCCUCCUCUGUGGGAACAUCCAAGGUCAUGUCAGGACCUGCAUUUCAAUGAGUAGCAAAUACCGCAGAGAAACUGCAGGCCACGGCUAAACCACAAAACAUGCGAUAGGGCAGGAGGUCUACGCCGCUAACACGGCACAAACACUGUGGAGUUCAGCCACAACCCGGAAAUCACGUCUCUGGGACGAUGAAGAGUGCGUUCCAUCUGACGGAAAUUGUCGAGGUUUGACCUUUGCCGGCACCCGUGACUCCCGGAAGUGAUUCUCUUCUGCUGCACAGCUAUCAGCGUGACUUUCACGGGGAGCUCAGCUAUGGGUCUCCUGCGAGCAGCCGCUGGGAUCGGUCCCCGGUUAUCUCGUCAGCUGUCUCUGAGCUUUUGUCGACGUUGCUCCUCUGCCAUAAUUCCCAAUGAGAAGAUUCGCAACAUCGGGAUCUCUGCCCACAUCGAUUCUGGCAAAACCACGGUGACCGAGCGCAUUCUGUACUACACUGGCCGCAUCGCGCAGAUGCACGAGGUGAAAGGUAAAGAUGGAGUUGGCGCCGUUAUGGACUCUAUGGAAUUGGAGCGGCAGAGAGGCAUUACCAUUCAAUCUGCUGCAACCUACACCAUGUGGAAAGACACAAACAUCAACAUAAUAGACACACCAGGACACGUGGACUUUACUAUUGAAGUGGAACGAGCCCUGAGAGUGUUGGAUGGAGCUGUACUUGUGGUGUGCGCUGUGGGGGGAGUCCAGUGUCAGACCAUGACGGUGAACAGGCAGAUGAAGAGAUAUAAUGUCCCCUUCCUAACAUUCAUCAAUAAGUGUGACAGAAUGGGGUCUAAUCCUGAGAGGGCUGUGCAGCAGCUGAGGUCUAAAUUAAAUCACAAUGCAGCAUUUAUCCAACUUCCUAUUGGACUUGAGGGCAACUUCAAAGGAAUCAUAGACCUUGUGGAUGAGCGAGCAAUUUAUUUUGAUGGACAGUUUGGACAGCAGGUACGCUAUGACGAUAUUCCAGCCGAGUUCAGAGCAGAAGCAGCAGACAGACGGCAAGAGCUGAUAGAAAGUGUGGCAAAUUCAGAUGAUAUUUUGGGAGAGAUGUUUUUGGAGGAGAAGAUCCCUACCCUUACUGAUCUGAAGUUGGCCAUCCGCAGAGCUACUCUGAAGCGGGUAUUCAGCCCUGUACUAGUAGGAAGUGCCCUGAAGAACAAGGGCGUCCAACCGCUUCUAGAUGCUGUGUUGGAGUAUCUUCCAGAUCCAUCAGAAGUUCCCAACUAUGCAAUCCUGAAUAAUGAGAGUUCAGAAGAGCCAACCAAGAUUUUGAUGAGCUCUGUUAGAGACGAUUCCCAUCCCUUUGUUGGACUUGCAUUCAAACUGGAGGCCGGUCGUUUUGGUCAACUAACAUAUAUCCGAGUGUAUCAGGGAAUGCUGAAGAAAAGUGACUACAUCUACAAUACAAGGACUGGCAAGAGAGUGCGUGUACAGAGGCUGGUUCGUCUCCAUGCAGACUCGAUGGAGGAUUUAGACACAGCUUUUGCAGGAGACAUCUGUGCCUUGUUCGGUAUUGACUGCGCUAGCGGAGACACAUUUACCAGCAAAUCCAAUGACAGUAUCUCAAUGGAAUCCAUCCAUGUGCCAGACCCUGUCAUCUCUGUAGCAAUAAAGCCUGGUAACAAGAAUGAUCUAGACAAGUUUUCGAAAGGUAUCAAUCGAUUUACACGAGAAGACCCAACUUUCAGAGUGCACUAUGACACUGAGAGCAAAGAGACUAUAGUGUCUGGGAUGGGAGAACUGCAUCUGGAGAUUUAUGCUCAGCGGCUGGAAAGAGAAUAUGAUUGUCCUUGUACUAUGGGAAAACCUAAAGUUGCCUUCAGGGAGACCAUUGCCAGAUCUGUUCCGUUUGAUUUCACUCAUAAGAAGCAGUCUGGUGGGGCAGGCCAGUACGGUAAAGUCAUUGGGUUUAUCGAGCCGCUGGAACCUGAGAAUUACACAAAGGUGGAGUUUGAAGACCGAACUGUAGGAACAAAUGUCCCGAAACCGUUAAUCCCUGCUGUGGAGAAGGGUUUCCGUGAUUCCAGUGAGAAAGGGCCUCUGACGGGACACAAGAUUUCUGGCAUACGCUUUGUCCUGGUAGAUGGUGCACAUCACAUUGUGGAUUCCAAUGAAAUGUCCUUCAUCAGAGCGGGAGAAGGAGCCUUAAAACAAGCUUUGGAGCAAGCAACGAUUACCAUCCUGGAACCAAUAAUGUCUGUAGAGGUCAAUGCACCGAAUGAAUUCCAAGGUCCUGUGAUUGCUGGCAUUAACCGAAGACAUGGUGUGAUUACUGGUCAGGACGGGUCUGAGGACUACUUUACACUUUAUGCUAAUGUUCCUCUCAAUGAUAUGUUUGGCUAUGCAAGCGAGCUGCGAUCCAGUACAGAGGGAAAGGGUGAAUACACAAUGGAGUACCUCAAAUACCAGCCCUGUUCACCUAAUGCUCAAGAAGAAUUGGUCACCAAAUAUCUGGAAGCCACAGGCCAACUACCAGUGAAGAAGGGAAAGUACAAGAGUUGACCUCCUUUCUUACAAUGACCCUUAUAGACAUUUGAGCCGUCUUGAUCUGCUUUUUAUUCCAUGAAAAUAUUCCCACCGAUUUAUAUUUAUACUGUCUCUAUAUGUACAUUCUUUCCCCUUCUGGAAUGUGGUUACAGCAGACACUGGCGAAUCAAUGCUGGUUUUUGUGAAACCCCUUGGACUCAAGGUUUUGUCACCUGCGAAGCCAGAGCGGAUCGGAUACAUGCAGAAGUCGAUAAUUUGCUGCACUAUUUGGAUUUGUGAAACGGAAGUUUUCAUCUUAUCUAUUCUCACUGGCUUUCUGACUACUGCCUGAACUUCAUGGAUGGAUAUACAUGUGGUUUAUUAUCGAAAUGCCCAUUUAGACAGAGGGGUGUGUUUCACUAAUGUGGAGAUUAAAGGGGUUGUUCCAUCUCAACAUAUAUUUGGCAAAUUGCUAGGAUGUGCUGUAGAUGUCAGCGGUAGGUCCCACCUCUGAGACCUGCUUCUGGCUCCAGAACUGGGCUCUCUUAAGUGCAGGUGGAACAGCCACACAUGCUGAACCAUCCUCCAUUCACUGCUAUCUCACUUCUGAAAAUAGCUCUGUGUGCUUGCUUGGCGAUUUUCAGAAGUCCAGUGAAUGGAGAGAACACUGUGCAUGCGCAGUGUGCUCUCCUUCACUUUAGGGGCCCUGUUAUGGACAUAGGAUCUGCACAUAUCCAACAUCGGUAGAGUUAGCAUAGCCCCUUUAACGUUCAUAUGGGUGGACAGAAAAAAAUCCUGCUAUAGUCCAACAAUAGUCCGCCAGGGAAUAAAAUGCGUCACUCG